UCUUUCCACUUCUCGUAGAUGCCCCAACCUUCUCCACUUUGGUAGGUGAUUGAGAAAGAACCGUGAGUAUCCUGGACCCAACCAUGGAAGGAGAGGUUGAGAUAAGUAGACCUGGACAGCAAAGGCGAAAAAUUGGAAGAUUUUACACUUGUGUCCUAGGGAUGUGAUUUAGCUUCAGCUGGACUGGGGCCUGCAGGAGUUGAGUCCUAUGUAUUGCUGGCCUGCAGCUGCAAGUGAAGGGAAUUCUGCUACGGGAGACUGAGAAAACUCAAGGACCUCCGCGCUAAGGAGUUCCAUUUCCUGAUGGGCUGGCUCUGGAAAUGCCCCUGUAUCAGUAAUUGUUUGGCUCUUAAUGAAACUCUUCUGAGCGUGAAUCUCAGAUUUUUCAGCUGCCUCCCUGGGUGGCUAGGCCUGUGGCCCAUUGGACCUCUCUCCCCAAGAGGCAAUGGGCCCAGUGCCCAGGCUGCUCAGAGACCAGGUAUAUCAGAGCUUUCAUUUUUCCUUGCUGUGCCUUUAAGAACUGCAGGAAUGCAAAGAGUCUGGGGGAGGGGUGGGGUCUCCCAAAGGGAUUUCCGGGAAAAAGGAUCCCGGGAAUCUGGGCCAGAAACUAAACUGAGAGUCCAACUCUGAGAAGCUGGGGGUGGUAUGUGUGUUGGGUCAGGCCUGUGAUUGGACUGCAGAGUUCUCUAGGGAGGAAGAAAACAAAAGUAAAAAGGAAAGAGCUGGGGAGAGGGGAGAGGCCCACCCCGGCCCCCAUCCCACUCCUAUGCACACUCACCCAGGCCUGGAAGAGGGGACAGCCACUAGCCUGCAGAGGGUCCGUGUGUGUCAAAGGUGAUAGCGACAGAUGCUGGGCCCAGGAAGACCUCUACCCCAAGUCGGCCUGCAGGGCCUCCGGAGACUGACUUGCCAACAGCUGGACUUGAUCACCAGCUUGCUAAGCAAGAUCACGCAUCUGAGGGAGUAACUAGCAGACUUUGCUGUCUGGCUGUUUUUGGAGAAUUUUUCUCAGCAGCGGCUAGAAAGCAGGAGACCACCCCCUGGACCCUUGAGCCUUCUUCGAGAAGCAACAGCAGAAGAGAUUCCCACCCUGGGUGGUUUGCAGGACCAUGCUGGCUCUUAGGCGAGCUUCUGCUUUCAGCGUUCUGAUCCUCACGGCCUUUCUGCCCCUGCCGCAGUUCGCCCAGGACCCGGCCAUGGUGCACUACAUCUAUCAGCGCUUUCAAGUGUUGGAGCAAGGACUGCAGAAAUGUACCCAAGCAACGAGAGAAUACAUUGAAGAUUUCCGAGAGUUCUCGAAAAACAUAUCCGUUAUGCUGGGACGAUGUCAGACGUACACAAGUGAGUACAAGAGUGCGGUCCAUAACCUGGCCCUGAGAGUCGAACGUGCCCAGCGGGAGAUCGACUACCUGGAGUACCUGCGGGAGGCUGAGGUGUGCACAGAAUCAGAGGACAAGAUGCUGACAGAAAAGCAAGUCCAAGGAGCUGAGGAGGAGAAAAGGAUCCGGACACUGCUGAAUGCAAGCUGUGACAACAUGCUGAUGGGCAUAAAGUCUCUGAAAAUAGUGAAGAAGACAAUGGACACAGAUGGCUCUUGGAUGAAAGAUGCUGUCAGAGACUCUCCAAAAGUGUAUCUCUUAACUGGAUCCAGAAACAACACUGUCUGGGAAUUUGCCAGCAUCCGGGCAUUCAUGGAAGAUAGCACCAAGCCAGCCCCCCGGAAGCUGACCCUAACACAUUCCUGGCAGGGGACAGGCCAAGUGAUCUACAAAGGUUUCCUAUUUUUUCACAGCCAAGGGACUCCCAAUGAGAUCAUCAAAUAUAACCUGCAGAAGAGGACCGUGGAAGAUAGGAUGCUGCUCUCGGGAGGGGCAGGCAGAGCCCUGGCCUACCCGCGCUCCCCCUCGACUUACAUUGACCUGGCUGCGGAUGAGCACGGGCUCUGGGCCAUCCACUCAGGGCCAAGCAUCCACGGCCAUUUGGUUCUCACGAAAAUUGAGCCCGACACACUGGGAGUGGAACACUCAUGGGACACUCCAUGCAGAAGUCAGGAUGCCGAAGCCUCCUUCCUCUUGUGUGGUGUCCUCUACGUGGUCUACAGCUCUGGUGGCCUCGGCCCGCAUCACAUCACUUGUGUCUAUGAUCCGCUGGGCGCUGUCAUGGAGGAGGAUCUGCCCAACGUGUUCUUCCCCAGGCGGUCGAGGAGUCACUCCAUGAUCCAUUACAACCCUAGAGAUAAGCAGCUCUAUGCCUGGAAUGAUGGAAACCAGAUCAUUUACAAACUCCAGACAAAGAGAAAGCAGCCUCUGCAGUGAUACGUUGCAGCCACGAGGGAGAGCGCCGGGGAUGCUGCUCUCCGGGAGACAGAAGCCACAGCCCCUUUGCAACACAGAAUCCCUCUAAUCGCACACAGGGAUAGGGGCUGGAAGCGGGAAUGCGCACGCGUCCUUUUCCAGAUGGUACUGCCUUCACUGUCUUCCAAGAGCAUAGAUGAGAGUCUGUCAUUCAGGAAUUUUCAACAACUUCCAUUACGCAUCCAAACCUCCUGGAGCUCAAGGCCUUCCACAUUCCGAUCCAGUUUACUUCUAGCCUUUUCUUUUACUAGCAUUUACUCUAACUCUCCCCGCCCCCGCCCCCCAGCCAUUAGAAAUGUAAGCCACCCCCUAAUACUCCUGGCUUCUCUCCCCUCUGGUCUUUGCUCAAAUCUCUUUCCUCUUUCACAAAUGCCUACUGAUAUUCUUCCAUUAUUCACUGCCCAAAUAAAGUACUAUUUCUUAUUGAUGUUUAAUCUCGGUUUCCCCUGGUUCUGCCCCUCCACCAAGCCAGGUGGAUGUAAUAAUAAAGUGAAAACAUUACCAUUUGAGUACCAGUUUCCAGUUACAAAGUGUCUGCACCCAUGUUACAAGUCAUCUCACCCUUAGGAGAUAGUCAGGACAAGUCUUUAUAGAGGAGGAGGGUUCAGGUGAGCCAUUCAAAGUACCAAAGCUACAAAAUGAAAGAGCUAGAAAAUACUGCAAACCCCAUAAUCUUUCCGUUGUCCAAGGAAGCAUCAAAUAUAUAUGUUUGUUCGCCCAACCUUCUCUAAGCAAUACGUUAAUCAUCUCAACCUAAAAAUAAUGGUUCGCCCCUUUAGCUAGUCGCAUGUCCACACAAGACCCUCCUAUAGGCCUUUCAAAAGCUACUUCUUCUAGAAAACCAUCCUAAGGGUGAGGACCCCACCUCUGUUCUUAUCUUGCCUUUCCUUCCCUUGCUUUUCUCAUCUUGCUUGAAAUACAAUAAAACUGACACUGAACAACUAAA